UUCACGCGGGUUUAUCGUAGUUCUCGUCCGCGGUUGACGUGCGCCCGAGAAGCAAAACUUACUGCAAACAGCAAAACUUUACACAGCAAAAUUCUUUGCUGUGCAUUAAGCCGAGAACAGGGCGUUUUUCUAAAAUACCCCAAACGCGUGACCUGCGGCAGUAACAAAACGAAAACUCUGGGCCGAGGUGUCGCGGAAUAAAUUAAGUGUACGUACCGCGCGUGUGUCCUCCCAUUGCGAAACGGCUCACAUUUUGUCGCCGUCGAGCACCGUGUGUGUAGUAGGCUGGGCGGUUGAUAUAUUGCCGUGUGCGGCGACCCCCGUCCCCCACCGGCUGACUUUGUGUUUUGCGUGCCACUUUGUUCGUGCGUAGUACGUGUGUUUGUGUGCGGUCGUUAACGCCGUGUGUAUGUGUUGGUGCGGUGUGAUGGCAAAAACACAGGAACGUCAAAUACGACUUCUCUGUGCAGCGCCUACGAUUAAGCGAUAAUCAAAAAUAUCAAAAACGAUUGUCGCGCGUCAUCCGGACGUUCGGAGAAGGGUUGCAUCAGGCGAGCGGGCGAACAACGAAACUACCAACGAGAGGCCUUACCGAGAACCGGAUAAGAAACAAGUGGUACCUCGAGUCUUGGCGAUAAAAAUCGCGCACCCACCAGAAAGGAACCUCGUUAACCUUCAGACUCAAUUCAUCGGAACAAAGUCGUAAUCCGUUCCUCGCCUCCCGAGCGAGCGUGUAUGCGUGUGUGUUUUCGUGUAAAAACAAACAAGUGUCAGCGCAUUCUUCGAUUGGCCGUAGCGUUGUACAAAAAGCAUCAAAUUUGACGUUUGCGCGAGAGUUGGCCGUCCAUCACAACAAAGCUUUGGCGUACUGUGUGUCUGUGGUCAACGGAACCCGAAACAUUCCCAUUUCCGUCCGCGAAAGAGGAGCCCACUACGUUCGCACCAUGAGGAACAACGUGCUGAACAGUAAGCACACGAACAACAACAACAUGGAAUCGUUCUACGAGGACGGUAAUGCCCAGUAUGCUCCGACAACGGCCAGCACCGGAACGGGACCCACCAUUGGCAACGGCAAUGGAUUGAAGCGACCAGCGACGCUAGAGCUGAAUCCGGGCCCUGGGAAGGCCCGCAAAACCCGCUUCACAGCGGCAAUCACAAUGCCGGCGAUUUUGCCGUCUCCGGACCUGCAGAUGCUAAAGCUAGUUUCGCCGGAGCUGGAGAAGAUUAUAAGUCACAAUGCGGCCCUCCCGACACCUACACCAAGUGCAAUCAUCUUUCCACCGUCGGCCAGUGCUGAGCAGCAGCAGUUUGCGAAGGGCUUCGAGGAUGCGCUCCUGUCGAUCCACAAGAAGGACACCAGCAGUAAGCUGAAUGUGGCCAGCAAUAACAACAACAACAGUACAAGCACCAACAAUAACAACAGCAGUCAGACAAUCGUCGUUACGGAGCAUCAAACUGUUACCGCGCAACUAGCUCCACCCCUACCGACGGGUGCGGUCAGUACUGGCCUUACCUCCAACGGCCACACCGCCAUGAGUGGUGGAGAGAUGACCUACACCAAUUUGGAUAAUUACCAAGGUGUGGUGAAGGAGGAACCACCUGCCACAGGCACACAGUCACCCCCGGUCAGCCCGAUCGAUAUGGAGUCGCAGGAGCGGAUCAAGCUCGAACGAAAGCGACUACGCAAUCGGGUGGCAGCGAGCAAGUGCCGGCGGCGAAAGCUCGAGCGCAUCUCAAAGCUGGAGGACAAGGUGAAGGACCUGAAAACGCAAAACACCGAGCUCGGCUCGAUGGUGUGCAAUCUGAAGCAACACAUCUUCCAACUGAAACAGCAAGUGCUCGACCAUCACAACUCUGGCUGCACGAUAACGUUGGUGGGCAAAUUUUGAACCCCACCCAGCCACCGGGGCCCAACCCGGUUCCGGAUGUUCUGAUCGCGCAUUUCUGUCCGCGCCUGGUGCGCUCAGCCAGCCGUUCCCCGUUGUAUCCACCUCGCUUGUGCGAUGGUUGAGUUUGAAACACUCGCAAAUCCAUUAAACGCUUAGCUUUUAGGUUGCAAACAAAGCUCUCCGUGAAACAAAUCCUGGAAUUGAUUGCAUGUGACAGAGGAGCGAUUGUUUCCCCCUCUCGGCCGGCCCAAGGACAGAAACGGAACACAACAAAAGAAGAAGAAAAAACAACGCAAAACAAAGCUUAUUGCCAUUGUGAGACACAGAAAUGCCUUAUCGUAUUGUAACUUUAAUAGCGUAAGCAGCAGCGCAGGGACCGGUGCAGUGACAAUGGAAAUGGCGACAAGUGCUAAACGAAGGGUAAAGCUCUAGUGUUAACCAGUUUUAUUUUAUUUUUAGAGGAUAGUUCUUUUAGCGCGUCUGUCAACCGACGCAGUGCGAAAAGUCAGUAAAGUGUGUCAGAAGCAGGGUUUGAUUAAGGCAAACAGCCGUAUAGCAACUAUCGGCCGUUCGGAUGAUAAGUGCUUUCUAGUCGUUGGAUGAUUGGGCUUUUUAAUCAUUAGUUACGGCACGGUACCGUGUCGUCAGCAAUUUAGGUGUCAUACGUUUCCCCUUUUAGAUCUUUGUUUUGCACCGCAUAUGGCGCAGUUUUAGUUAGAGAAUACUAUAGAAAAUCCAACCUUGUAUACCACUACGCCUCUUCAUUGUAGUCAACGGUUCACAAUGGUUAUUCGAUCAAGCGAUCAAACCUCUACAUCCAGUCAAUGGCAAUACCCAGUUACAAUCAUGUCAUGUAGCUUCCCACAAAGUUCUCGGGUGUAGAAUAAACCCAUCAUCCCAGUUCCGUAACAUAGAUUUCUGUUGCAAAUUAGGUUUCCAUUUAUCCCGUUUCUGGUUUAAUUCUGCCCAGGCAGACAUAGUGUAAAGUACACACCAAUAGUUACACUACACGUCGCUUAUAGUACAGAGAAACCGAUUUGCCAUACCAGGGGACAGGAAACCGAAACCGAAGGGGAACGAAGUAAACGCGUCGAUAGCGUCCGAUUCUCAGAUAGGGAUUUAUGUAUUUAAACAGUGUGGUGCUUGGUUGGCGUACGAGGUAAUGUCAGGAACCAGGCGGAAGAGAAGCGUCCUUCCGCCAGGGAGUCGUUUGAUUGGCGUAAAAUGGUACGCAAAAUGCAAAACCCAUUGAACAACAGAUUGCAAUUACUACUAUCGAUUAGCUUAUAAGCACCAUGUGCUAUAUAGAGUCAUUGAAUGAUUAUGUUCUAAGCGUUUUUAGUUUUGUUUAACUUUAUU